AUGGGUAGUGUGAAUUACUACAACAUACUUAAGGUGAACCCUGAUGCAAGCUAUGAGCAGAUAAAGAAAUCGUUUAAGAAUUUAUCAAGGAAAUUGCACCCUGAUGAGAGUAAUCAAGAGCCUUUAAGGAAGAAAGAGUUUGAUGAAAAGUUUAAGAGAAUUUAUGAGGCUUUUGAUGUUCUUAGUGAUCCUAAUAAGCGUAGGAUCUUUGAUCUGUAUGGGAAAUAUCCGGUGAAUUUUGAAAAUGUUGAUAGGAAUAAUAUGAAGGUUGAUGAUGAAGGUGUUGGAGGAUUUUUUGAGAGUGACUUGCUAUGCACGCUUGAGGAUCUUUAUUGUGGUUGCAGAAAGAAGGUCAAUCUUGUAAGAACUGUUCCUGAUGAAUUUGGGGAGUUGAAGCGUGAAGAAGAAAUCUUGAAGAUAACCGUUGAGCCUGGUUGGAGAAAGGGCACAAAAAUCACUUUUCCCGGGAAAGGAAACCAACUGCCUGGCUCUCCUCUGCUUGAUCUGAUUUUUGUGGUGAAAGAGAAACCGCAUGCUGUAUUCCAGAGGGAUAAACAUGAUUUGGUAAUGACACAAAAGAUAUCAUUUCUUGAAGCUCUUGUCGGUACGACUCUCAACAUAACAACCUUGGAUCGAAGAAAUAUCACGGUUGAAGUUACUGAUAUUGUGACACCAGGCUAUGAAAAGGUCGUCCCGGAUGAAGGUAUGCCACUUGCAAAGGACUUGAGCAAGAGAGGAAAUCUUAGAAUCAAAUUUUAUGUUGAGUUUCCAUCAAAUUUGACCUCACAACAGAAACAUAAUGUAAGUAGGAUUUUGAGUGAAGCUGUUUAUAACUAA